AAAACCGACCGCAACGGAGGGUUACGGAAACGGCGUCUUGCCGAUCUAAUUAGUUUUUUUUUUUUUGUUUCUUUUAAGACGAAGACGGAAAAAGGAUAAAGAAAGAAAAUCAAAGGGAAAAGAUAAAGAGGAAAAAGGGGGGGGGAAUAUCCGUUCAGAAAAUUCCGACGAAACGGGGUGGGCAUAUGUCUAAGGUCUCCCCCGUUCCUUGGAAUAUUCCCCGGGGAGAUCCCCUUCAUCCUCUCUGUUCUUCUUCUUCUUCUUCCCUUCCUCCUCCUCCCUUUCUCCUUCUCUGUGUUGGAGUUGUUCACAAUAACAGCAAUGAGAGAGGCCUUUCCCCCUCUCCUCCCCAUAUAUAAUCCCCUCUGAAAUUCCCAUCUCCUCACUAACCCCAGAAAGAAACAAGAAGAAGGCUUCUUUCUGUCCUAAAAUGGCUCUCAAGGCCGUACACGUCUCCGACGUCCCCACUCUCGACAUCGUCCAGGAGAAUGCUUCCCUCGUCCUCAACCCGUCUCGAUUUUCCGCCGGGGUGGACUUGAGCGCUGGCGGUGGCAUCGGCCAUGGGGCGGGAUUCAGGCCGCCGAAGUUUCUGGUGGUUGGUCACAGAGGGCACGGGAUGAACAAUUUCCAGUCGCUAGAUCCAAGGAUGAGAGCCAUUAAAGAGAACACCGUCAUGUCAUUCAACGCGGCCGCUCGGUUCCCUCUCGACUUCGUCGAAUUCGACAUUCAGGUCACCAAAGAUGGCUGCCCUGUCAUCUUCCACGAUAACUUCAUCUUUUCCGAGGAUAACGGUACAAUCUUCGAGAAGCGAGUAACCGAGCUCUGCCUCGCCGAAUUCCUCGCCUACGGCCCCCAGAAGGAAGAUCCGACCUCCACCUCGCCGCCGGUGAGCAAACCUCUAUUGAGGAAAACCAAAGACGGCAAAAUCGUGAGGUGGGAGGUGGAAAACGACGAGCCCUUCUGCACCUUACAGGAAGCUUUCCAGCAAGUGAAGCCGGCGUCUCUGGGGUUCAACAUCGAGCUCAAAUUCGACGACCAUGUCGUCUACCAACAGGACUACCUCGUCGGAGUUCUUAACUCAAUCCUCAAAAUCGUGUUCGAUUGUGCAGAAGGACGCCCCGUGAUAUUCUCCUCGUUCCAGCCCGAUGCCGCGCUGCUCGUCAGGAAGUUGCAGAGUGUUUACCCUGUUUACUUCCUGACAGAUGCAGGGGCAGAGACUUUCUACGAUUCGAGGCGAAACUCGCUGGAGGAGGCGAUUAAGCUGUGCUUGGAAGGUGGGCUUGCUGGUGUUGUCUCGGAGGUGAGAGGGGUUUUCAGAAAUCCCGCUGCUGUGGGGAAGAUCAAGGAGUCCAAGCUAUCUUUGCUCACUUAUGGCAAGUUGAAUAAUGUGGCCGAAGCAGUUUACAUGCAGCAUUUGAUGGGGAUUGAUGGGGUGAUUGUGGAUUUUGUGGCCGAGAUCAGUGAAGCAGUUAAUGCGAUGAUUACUCCUUCUAAAGAAGAGGAGGAGGCAGAAGAAGGGAAGUUGUUGUUGGGAGAUGGAGGAGAGGAGGUAAAAGCUAGGCCGCAGUUCUCACCGAAGGAGAUAUCGUUUCUGUUGAAGUUGAUUCCCGAAUUGAUACAGCAUUGAGUUGUCAAGUUUUGGGGUCGUGUAAUGUAGCAUCCAUUGUUGUAAAUACCUAUCUUAACUUGUGGGUGUUGAUUUGGGUUAAAGUGGGAUUCUUGUAUCAACAAAUUUGGGGAGGGGAUGACUAAUGAUAUUUGACUGGAGGAAGAGGAUGGGACAAAUAGGUUAACUUGAGUUCAUCUUUACCUCCCUGAUUUCUGUCUGGAGUAUUCUUGAUGCAUAUGAGCUAGUUAUCUAGUUGUUUAUGCAUUUGAUUGCAAUAUAACAUCUCGACUAGCACGAGCAGGAUGUUUUGACACACAUCAAUACUUCCUACGCCAAGGAUGGAAUGUUAGGACUGUCAAAGUACAGUUGAAAUAUUGUCCUAUCUAUUUUCUUCCGCAUGUUGUGAAGUCUUGGGCUAUCCUCAGCAACAGG